AUGUCUGCUACACCUGCGAGGAAAGUUGCCAUUGUCACAGGAGCCGCUCAAGGAAUUGGCAGGGGCAUCGCAGUCCGUCUGGCCUCGGACGGCUUCGACCUUGCUAUCAACGAUAUUGCAGCGAACGCCGACAAGCUGAACGAUGUGCUGAGAGACCUGACCGCUCACCGCAUACAGCAGGAGCAACGAGUCGUUAUUGUCGUCGCAGAUGUCAGCAACGAGAAGGAGGUGAAAGAUAUGAUAGACACCGUGGCUAACGAGCUAGGCGGGCUUGACGCGAUGGUAGCCAAUGCGGGUGUCGUCGUGAAUAAACCUAUCCUCGAUACGUCCGCCGAUGAAUGGGACCGCCUAAUGAGCAUCAACGCGAAGGGGACCUUCCUCUGCUACAAGUACGCUGCCGAGCAGAUGAUCAAGCAAGGGCGAGGCGGGAGGAUUGUAGGCACGCCCGAAGCAGCGGCGUACUCCGCGUCCAAAUUCGCCGUCCGCGGGCUCACCCAGAGCGCAGCUCAGGAAUGGGGAAAACACGGCAUCACCCAAAAGGCCACCACCGCGACGGGAACCCUGGGCACGCCACAGGACGUCGCGGGCCUGGUAUCCUACCUCGUCUCGGACGCUGCCAGGUUCAUUACGGGGCAGAGUAUUAUUAUUGAUGGUGGGGCGGUCUUUGAUUGA